AUAUAAACAAACAAAAAAAUUGAAAGGGCUGCCUCCGCGACCAAACACCUCGGGAACUCCUUCCCUUAUUCCGGAUUAGGGUUAACUCUUUUGGCAAUCACAGAUCUUCCCAGGGCGCCAAGCAACCCCCUCGGAAAUCAGACUCUCUCGCGCUCAGUAGAAACUUCACAGUGUUGAUUGGAGGAGGAGGAAAUGGUUUGCCAAACUGCGGCAGCGAAUAGUGAUCGGUCAAGGACGUAUUGGACUCCAACGAUGGAACGAUACUUUAUUGAUCUUAUGUUGGAGCAAUUGCAUAGAGGAGCUCGUGUUGGCCAUACUUUCAACAAGCAGGCCUGGACCGAAAUGCUCAGCGUGUUUAAUGCACAAUUUGGCUCUCAUUAUGACAAAGAUGUCUUGAAAAGCCGGUAUACGACUUUGUGGAAGCAGUUCAAUGAUGUGAAAAAUAUUCUUGGUCAGAAUGGGUUUUCUUGGGACGAAAGUCGUCAGAUGGUGGUAGCUGAUGAUUACAUAUGGGAUGCUUACAUCAAGGUUCACCCGGAUGCACGGCCUUACAGAACUAAACCAGUGUUGAAUUUCAAUGAAUUAUGCCUCAUUUAUGGCUAUACAACUGCUGAUGGAAGAUACAGUCGAUCAAGCCAUGACGUAGAUUUGGAUGAUGAAGGUCAAGGAGUAACCACAGGUGACGGAAUGGGCAGCCUUGCUCCUUCAAGUAGCGAGCGCCCAAGGACAGAAUGGUCACUAGAAAUGGACCAGUAUUUCAUUGACAUUAUGCUGGAACAAGUAUCAAUUGGCAAUAAGCCUGAUAAUGCAUUCAACAAACAAGCCUGGACGGUAAUGCUUGCCAAAUUUAAUGAAGAAUUUGGACCUCAACAUAGCUUACGGGUUUUAAGGCAUCGAUACAAGAAACUGUUGAAGUAUUAUAGUGAUGCAACAAUUUUGCUAAGACAAAAGGACUUUUCCUGGGAUGAAACGCAACAUAUGAUUGUAGCUGAUGAUGAGGUUUGGGAUGCAUAUACAAAGGUACGCCCUCAUGCACGGACAUAUAAAACAAAAGCCUUGCCAAAUUUAUUUAGCAUGUCCCUGUUAUUUACAACUGAAUGUGAUCUUGGCACCGACAAUCAUUUGCAUCUACAGAAAAACCUUGAUGAUACUUCACACGUCAAAGCUGGGGAAGGAAAGGGGAGCCAGACUCCAAAUGUCAGUGAGCGUUCAAGGACAUAUUGGACACCAAUAAUGGAUCGUUACCUCCUUGAGUUGUUACAAGACCAGGUGCACAGAGGAAAUAAACUAGGACAAACUUUCAUAACUCAGGCUUGGAAUGACAUGGUUGUAUCUUUCAAUGUGCGAUUCAAAUCUCACCAUGAUAAAGAUGUUUUGAAGAAUCGUUUCAAACAUUGGCGAAAGCAGUACAAUGACAUCAAGAUUCUUCUUAAGCACGGUGGAUUUUCAUGGGAUGAAUCACGAGAAAUGGUAACAGCUGAGGAUAGUGUUUGGGAUGGUUAUAUUAAGAACCAUCCUGAUGCUCGAUCAUAUAGAGUUAAAACUAUACCAGGCUACAACAAAUUGCGUGUUAUUUUUGAAGAAGAAACAUAUGAUGGAAGAUACAGUCGUUUGGCGUUCAAUUCAGAUCCAUCUGGUGAAUUAGCAGAUUUGAUGACUGGUGCGGAGAAGAAUGACACGCCCUACAUUCCCGUUCUUCCUUUGCCAAUAGAUUGGACACCAACAAUGGACCGUUAUUUUAUUGAUCUUAUGAUAGAUCAGCUGCAUAGUGGGAAUAAGAUUAAUCACACAUUCAAUGAGCAAGCAUGGGCUCAAAUGCUUGAAUCAUUUAAUAUGAAAUUUGGAAUUCAGUGUGAUAAACACGCUCUAGAAGAUCGAUAUGCAUGCUUGGUGAAGCAGCAUGACUGCAUCAGCAGUAUUCUCACUCAUGCUGGAUUUAUGUGGGAUGAAACUCAGCAAAUGAUAACCGCUGAAGAUGACAUUUGGGAAGCUUACAUUAAGGAACACCCAGAUGCUAUCUCCUAUAGAAAUGCAUUCUUAGGUGGUUAUAGCGAUUUGAGCAAGAUUUGUGUAAAUAGAGAAUUAGACGGAAAAUUCAGUGGGCAGGGUGUAGGUAUGCAAGCUGGCCCUAUUGUGUUUGAAAUAGAGAUGAAUGGAGCAUCUGGAGAUCUGCAAUUGUUAGCCGAGGACGUUGAAAUAUCUGAUCAACAGAGAAAGCGACCAACUUUGACGCCACCAAACCCAGGACGCUCCAAGAAGGCACAGAAAACAGGCAAGGAUACGCAAAAGGCUCCAACUGAGAUGGUAGGUGGGGUUACAAAACUCGCAGACAAUAAGGAGAAAAAUAACUGCACAUCAAUAGAAAAAGCAAUCGAUGCACUUCAAGCUUUACCAGGUAUGGAUGAUGAGCUUAUGUUGGAUGCUUGUGAUCUAUUAGAAGAUGAGAGAAAGGCAAAGACAUUCCUGGCCUUGGAUGGGGCGCUGCGCAAGAAGUGGUUACUGAGGAAGCUCCGUCCGCGGUCAUAAGCUUUAGGGUUUUUCGGUGUAACCUCGUUUCACAUUCCGGUUAGGGUUCCGGUCGUUUGCACUGUAAAUUAACUUAAUUAUUUUCCCUCAAAGCUUUGAGCGCCAAUAACGAAUCCAAGUCCAAUAACAGAAUGACCAAAAG